GGCAAAUCCUUCCUUCCCCGGGGUAGACACCUGGGCUGAGAAUUUGGUUCCGAACCCAACGGAAUCGAGCGCUGGGCGACACCGGGUCACGUGUCCGGUAGCCCUCAUGACGUUCGGGCUGCGGGGCGUCACCGUGACGUUUGGACGGGCUGCCCAGUGGCCAGGCUACCUCCGCCACCUGUGUGAUCGCAGUGCCGCCAUGGAUCUGGGACCAAUGCGCAAGAACUACCGUGGGGACCGAGAGGCAUUUGAAGAGACUCAUCUGACCUCCCUGGACCCUAUAAAGCAGUUUGCUGCCUGGUUUGAGGAGGCCGUUCAGUGUCCUGACAUAGGCGAAGCCAAUGCCAUGUGUCUGGCUACCUCUACCAGAGAUGGAAAACCCUCGGCCCGCAUGUUGCUGCUGAAGGGCUUUGGCAAGGAUGGCUUCCGCUUCUUCACUAACUUCGAGAGUCGAAAAGGAAAAGAGCUGGACUCUAAUCCUUUUGCUUCCCUUGUCUUCUAUUGGGAGCCCCUUAACCGUCAGGUACGUGUGGAGGGCACCGUGAGGAAGCUGCCAGAGGAGGAAGCCAGGUGCUACUUCCACUCCCGUCCCAAGAGCAGCCAGAUUGGGGCUGUGGUCAGUCACCAGAGUUCUGUGAUCCCCGAUCGGGAGUUUCUGAGAAAGAAAAACGAGGAACUGGAGCAGCUCUACCAGGAGCAAGAGGUGCCUAAGCCAAAAUACUGGGGUGGCUACAUCCUGCACCCACAGGUGAUGGAGUUCUGGCAGGGACAAACCAACCGCCUGCAUGACCGGAUUGUCUUUCGGAGGGUCUCUCAGGCAGGAGUCUCCUCUCUGGGGCCCAUGACCCACCGUGGAGAAGAAGACUGGCUCUAUGAGAGACUUGCGCCUUGACUCCAGGAUCUGUGGCCUAGAAGGAAGCUGCGGCUAGGUGUUAAUAGAGGGUGUGGGAGUCAGACCCUUCUUUCUACGCUCCGCUUAUUUCUCUCCCAACCCAGGAUGUCUAGAGCUCAUCCUCCAAGUUCUCUGAACUCACUUGGCUCUCAACUGGUCAAGUGAGCGUAGCAGUCAUAGAGAAUCAUGCAUGGGAAUCACACCAUUAUUUUCUUGACCCGGGUAUGGUUUAUAGGAAUCGCGCCCCCUAGGGGUAGCAGCUAGUGUGACUCCUGCAGCCUUGUCUGUUGCUUAGUCAUAAGGCCCGAAGCACCUGAGCCAAUCUAGCCAAUCAGAUUUUCUUGCCAGUCGUUUGAAAUGUCAAGUGGAGAGACCCAGAGCCAAGCCAUUAGUGGCAGGGGGGAGG